GUGGGGUGGGGUGGUCUGCUCGGAAAUCGUCCUGGCCAACUCUAUCCUCCUAGCUGUAGCCGAUUAUGGCAUCUCGUUUUCCCCCUAGCGCAAGAAAUUGAGCCCGGAAAAGGCAAGAGGGGGCGGGUGAACCCCAAAGAAUAAAUAAACACUGGCUGUUCGCCGCAGCUGGACGCGGGUCGGUUCAGUCCAGGUUGGGUCGGAACUGAACCCCUAAAAGCGGGUCCGCCUCCCGCCCUCGCGCCCGCCCGGAGCUGAGUUGCUGGCGGCGGUGGGCGGCAGAGCAACGGGGAGUUUCCUCUCACCCUGGAUGGAGCUGAACUUUGAGUGGCCAGAGAAGCGCGGUCGCCCGGGGAUCGCUGCACGCUGAGCUCUCCCCGCGAGACCCAGCGGCGGCGGCUUUGGAUUUUGGGGGGCGGGGACCAGCUUCGCGCCGGCACCAUGUUUCUGGCCACUCUGUACUUCGCGCUGCCACUCCUGGAUUUGCUGCUGUCGGCCGAGGUGAGUGGUGGGGACCGCCUGGACUGCGUAAAAGCCAGCGAUCAGUGCCUGAAGGAACAGACCUGCAGCACCAAGUACCGCACGCUAAGGCAGUGUGUGGCGGGAAAGGAGACCAACUUCAGCCUGGCAUCCGGUCUCGAGGCCAAAGAUGAGUGUCGCAACGCCAUGGAGGCCCUGAAGCAAAAGUCUCUCUACAACUGCCGCUGCAAGCGGGGCAUGAAGAAAGAGAAAAACUGCCUGCGUAUCUACUGGAGCAUGUACCAGAGUCUGCAGGGAAAUGAUCUCCUGGAAGAUUCCCCGUAUGAGCCGGUUAACAGCAGGUUGUCAGAUAUAUUCCGGGCAGUCCCGUUCAUAUCAGAUGUUUUCCAGCAAGUGGAGCACAUUUCCAAAGGGAACAAUUGCCUGGACGCUGCCAAGGCCUGCAACCUGGACGACACCUGCAAGAAGUACAGGUCUGCCUACAUCACGCCAUGCACCACCAGCAUGUCCAACGAAGUCUGCAAUCGCCGCAAGUGCCACAAGGCCCUCAGGCAGUUCUUCGACAAGGUCCCGGCCAAGCACAGCUACGGGAUGCUCUUCUGUUCCUGCAGGGACAUUGCCUGCACGGAGCGGCGGCGACAGACCAUCGUCCCCGUGUGCUCCUACGAAGAACGGGACAAGCCCAACUGCCUGAAUCUGCAGGACGCCUGCAAGACAAACUAUAUCUGCAGGUCGCGCCUUGCGGACUUUUUUACCAACUGCCAGCCCGAGUCAAGGUCUGCCAGCAGCUGUCUGAAGGAGAACUAUGCAGACUGCCUCCUGGCCUACUCUGGACUGAUUGGCACAGUCAUGACCCCCAACUACAUAGACUCCAGCAGCCUCAGUGUGGCCCCCUGGUGUGACUGCAGCAACAGCGGCAAUGACCUGGAAGAGUGCUUGAAGUUCCUGAAUUUUUUUAAGGACAAUACGUGUCUCAAAAAUGCAAUUCAGGCCUUCGGCAAUGGCUCAGACGUGACCAUGUGGCAGCCAGCCCUCCCAGUACAGACCACCACUGCCACCACUACCACUGCCUUCCGGGUCAAGAACAAGCCUCCAGGGCCAGCCGGGUCUGAAAACGAAAUCCCCACACACGUUCUGCCACCUUGUGCAAAUCUUCAGGCACAGAAGCUGAAAUCCAAUGUGUCGGGCAGUACACAUCUCUGUCUUAGUGAUCCUGAUUAUGAAACGGAUGGUCUCGCUGGUGCCUCCAGCCGCAUAAACAAAAAUUCUAUGUCUGCUGCUCCCAGUUGCAGUCUGAGCUCACUGCCUGCUCUGGUGGUCACCACUGUAGCCACCCUGUUAUCUGUAUCCUUGGCAGAAACAUUGUAGCCGCAUUCAGAAAAGACGGAAAGACAAGCGAGAGAAAAGAACAAACAAAACUAAGCCACCUGUUUCCUGUCCUCUUGUAUAUCUGAAAAUCCAGUUCUAAAAGCUCUGCUGAGGUUUCAUCCAACUGGAACUCUUUUGUUGUUUUUAAGGAAGCUUCUCGUGACCCCCAGGGGCUUCUGUGGAAGAAGCACUCACUACAGGGCUGACUCCAGACUCAGAAGGCUCCACGGCACGGUGUGGGUUAAGGGGACCAUUUGUAAACUGAAUGUAAAGCAAUCUUAAGGCUGUGUUUUUGAUGGUGAUGGUGAGGAUGGUGGUGAGGAUGGUGGUGGUGAUGAUGACGGUGAUGGUUUUAACAGCUUAAAGUCUGUUCUCUCUACUGGCUAGAACAGGAGAUGCUAUUGACAAA